AUGUCAACUUUACAGAAUACCACAUCCUCUUCCAUCAUUUUCCUGCUAACUGGUGUUCCUGGACUGGAAGUCUUCCACACCUGGAUCUCCAUUCCCUUCUGCUUCCUUUAUGUGACUGCCCUCUCGGGAAACAGUCUGAUUCUCUUCGCCAUCACCACCCAGCCCAACCUCCAUGAACCCAUGUACUAUUUCCUUUCCAUGCUGUCUACCACAGACCUCGGCCUAUCUGUAUCCACCCUGGUCACCAUGCUGGGUAUAUUCUGGUUCAAUGCCAGGGAGAUUGGUUUUAAUGCCUGCUUAUCACAGAUGUUUUUUAUUCAACUUUUCACUGUCAUGGAAUCCUCAGUGCUGUUGGCCAUGGUUUUUGAUCGUUUUGUGGCCAUUUCUAAUCCUCUUAGAUAUGCUUCUGUCUUAACUGACCUUAAAAUAGCACAAAUUGGAACAGUAAUCAUCACCAGAGGGACACUAAUACUGACCCCAAUGGUGAUGCUUCUUAAGAGACUGUCCUACUGCCGCAGUCAUGUGCUCCAGCACUCUUACUGCUUUCAUCCUGAUGUGAUGAAGCUUUCAUGCACAGACACCAGGAUCAACAGUGCAGUUGGGCUGGCUGCCCUCAUCACCACUGCUGGGGUAGAUUCUAUCUUUAUUAUCCUUUCUUAUAUUUUUAUCAUUAAGACUCUUCUCAGCAUUGCUUCCCCAAAAGAGAGGAAGAAAGCUUUCAGCACAUGUAUCUCUCAUAUUGGGGCUGUUGCUGUAUUCUACAUCCCAUUGAUCAGUCUAUCCUUUGUUCACAGAUUUGGAAAACGAGCCCCACCCUAUGUACAUACCCUGAUUGCUAAUGCCUACCUGCUAAUCCCCCCUUUGAUGAACCCAAUCAUCUACAGUGUGAAGACGAAACAGAUACGCAAGGCUGUAUUAAAAGUGCUUCAUUGCAGCACGACAAAGAACUAG